AUGGGCCGUAUCGCCAUCGCCAACAGGGCGGCCGAUGUGAGGAAGACUCUCGAAGACUCUCGCAAGAAAAGGGGUGCGAUCUGCGUUGGAUCCAGCUGCCUCCAGUCACAUUCCUCGACCAAGUCAGCAUCACCCGUUGAGUACGGAUACGUCCAAGGAGUAGAGCAUCUCAGCGACUACCGGCCGGGCGGCUAUCAUCCAAUCUACAUCAAUGAUCGACUUGACAAACGAUAUCGAAUCGUUCACAAGCUCGGCCACGGCACCUUCUCCACUGCCUGGCUUGCCAUCGACGAGAAGGCAUCAAGAUAUGUCGCCAUCAAAGUCGGCACCGCGGACGCGAAGCAUGCCGAAUUUGAUAUUCUAUCCCAGCUCACACAGAGCGUCACAAGCUGUAGCGACACGGAAGACGAGCUGUCGCAGAUUCCCAUCGUUCUUGAUCGCUUCGAUCUCAGCGGGCCCAAUGGUACCCAUUCGUGCCUCGUAGCCCUUCCGGCACGGUGUAGCUUGCGGGACGCAAGGGAGGCAUCAGGCAGUUCCUUAUUUCAGCUUGAUGUUGCCAGAUCUCUUGCUGCACAACUGGUCCUGGCCGUAUCACUCGUCCACUCGCAGGGCUAUGCCCAUGAAUGGAUCAAAGUAGCGUAG